AUGAGACCAGACGGUGGCCCUUCCCCUUCCAAUUCGAACGGUUUUACGUCCGUCUCGAACGGUGCCUCAAGCUCCCUUCAAAAGCCGCCCCUUCCAAAUUCCCCUGCUGGAAAACAGUCGCAAGCCGAAUAUCAGGAUGCCACCAUGUCGAACGGAUCAUCUCCCCUAUCCCCUACAUACCGCGGCCACGACCGGGAGGAAGUUACGAGGAUACUGAUACAGAGUCUAUACGAGCUGGGUUACCACCAGGCUGCUUCUACUUUGACAGCUGAGAGCAAGUAUGAGCUUGAGAGUCCCGGUGUAGCUGCUUUUAGGACUGCCAUAUUGGGCGGGGACUGGAAUGAGGCCGAGAGGAUACUCCUGAGCUCCUUUUGCCCCGAUGGGGAUGCAGGAGAACUAGACGGCGUAACUGGUAAACAGCUUGCCAAACGAGAUGGUCUUGUCCUGGCUAGUGGUGCCAACGAAAACGAGAUGCUGUUCUGCAUAAGGCAACAGAAGUUCCUCGAGCUACUCGAUCGACGGGACCUGACAACGGCUUUGGUCGUCCUACGCCAGGAACUUACACCAUUGAACCAUGAUAUCACACAACUCCACGCUCUUUCGAGACAGAACCUCCUAUCGGAACUCACUAUACUGCUUGACCAAGUAAAGCAAACCCAAAUAAAUAACUGUCUAUAUCACAACACCGCAGUGUCGCCUUCCUUGUAUUCGGAUCACUUGUGUGAUAAAAGCGGUUUCCCACUCCGGACGGCGUUCGAACUCAGUCACCACACCAAUGAGGUCUGGUACCUGGAAUUCUCCCACGAUGGAACCAAGCUUGCCACAACAAGCCGCGACUGCACCGUUUUGAUAUAUGACUCUACAACCUUUGAAAUAAUACAUCGGUUGACGGAGCACAGUGAGCCCGUUGCUUACGCUACAUGGAGCCCUGACGAUACCAAGUUAAUCACUUGUUCUCAAGACUUCAAGGCUAAAUUGUGGGAUGUUCCGAGUGGAACUUGUCUUUUGACAAUUGAACAUCACCAUGCCCCAAUCACAUCCGCUUCAUGGGCUCCAGAUGGAGAGUCCUUCGUCACAGGUUCUCUUGACAGCCAGUCUCAGCUCUGCCAUUGGAGUGUCCCCCAUAAAUCCCUACUAUAUACCUGGCCUGGUCAAUACCGGGUCCGCGACUGUGCUAUAACUCCGGACGGUAAACGACUAAUUGCCAUCUCUCUGCAAAAGAGAAUUUAUGUUUACAACUUCAUAACCCGCGAAGAAGAGUACAGCGUUCUCCUCAAACUGGAUCUCACUUGUCUGAGUGUUAGCGCUGACUCGCGGUUUAUGCUCGUUAACAUGUCUGAAAACGAAGUGCAGCUCCUUGAUAUCGAGACAGCAGAGGUGGUUCGACGAUUUUUAGGUCAGAAGCAAGGCAAUUUCCUUAUUCGAAGCGCUUUUGGCGGAGCUGCUGAGAAUUUUGUUGUCAGUGGAAGUGAAGAUGCGAAAAUCUACAUCUGGCAUAAGGAGAACAGUCGACUUGUUGAGUCUCUGGAAGGCCAUGUUUCUGGCUGCGUCAAUGCAGUCGCCUGGAAUCCAACUGAUCCUGGAAUGUUUGCGUCGGCUGGAGAUGAUCGCAAAGUCAGAGUGUAA